AGAGAAACCAAAGAACUAUUUUUCGUUUCGUAAAAUAACAAAAUACCCAGAAAAUAUAAUAAAGCAAAAAUAUAACCCUGGAAUCCUCAAGGUCUGACUCAUUAGUGACAAUGGAGGUGGACUUGUAUGGGACGGAUUGGAGUGCGCCUUCCGAGAGUUCCCGUCUUCCCCUUAUCGACGAAACAUCGGCUUUAGGAAACCAACCCCCUAAAGACAGACUGGUAGCUGUGCUUGACCAAGUGGAGAUGAGAGUGGAGCGUCUCCGGCGUGACACGGUGCGGAUAGAGGAGGAGAAAGACUCACUUCUCUCCACACUUGACAGCAUUAAGCAUUCCGAUUUGCUAGCAGAUAUCUCUGAAUGUGAUAGAGACGACAUUACGAGAUACGCUGACCGCAUCCUGGCGCGGGCUAUGACGGUCGACGUUGCGGUGCGCACAGACAGGGACCCACAGCAGGAGGAGGCGUUGCAUCAGGUGAACAUGUACAUAGACCAGCUGGUGAUGUCCCUGCACGAGGACACCGUGGUCGCGCACACGCGCUGUCAGACUUUCAUGAACGCCUGCACCUCGCAGCCCGACCCCAACUCCGGCACCGACAAGAACUUCGAGACCGCCAUCUUGGGUUGCACGCUCGAUGACCAGAAGCGGGUCAAGAAACGCCUGCAGGGCCUCCUCGACUACUUCGCCAAGCUCAACGUGACGCUGUACUCGUGAGUCGAGGGUCUGGCAGGUCUGCAUAUUUAAACCAGCUUCGUACAUGCGCCUGAUGGUAAAACCGCCAUGUUGAAAUUUUGACAGGUGUCAAUGUCAAAUUGGGAUUGAGUGCUGGUUUACAUUGAUACAGUAGAACGCUAGAAACUGGACGUUGGGCUGGAUUAAAACAUUUGUAUACGGCACUGGAUGCAUGCUUGCAUUAGUACAGUGCUGGACUUUAUUCCAGUGCUAUGGCAAACUACUGUAUCAAUGUAAAUAAACACUAAAACAAUUUGGUCUUUUAUAAGUGGUUUUUAUAUUACUGGCCAGGAUUAUAGAGUCAAUGCCUCAAAGCACGUAAAUCUUUGAUAGGAUUUAUAUUGCUUGUUUUCUUAAUCAGUUAUUCACCGUUACCAAUACAGUCUUAAAUUAUAAUAUUAAAGGGUGUGUAUGUACGCAAGCGUACUUUGAAAUGCUAUAGUUUGCUCGCGUUAUUAAGAAACGCGUACAGCGAGUCAAAAGGGCUUUUAUUAUCAGAUAAUUCUAUUAUAAUACGACCUACUGGAAUAACGCGGCAUAUUAUGACGCUAACAACCAAUAGCAACUCUGCUGCCAGGAAAGCACAUGCCACUUGUGUGACCAAUAAAAUUAAUGUUAACUAAUAGGAUCACUUCUGUCAUUGGUCAUUUUUGAAAUUAGUACGCAUCACUGCCUUUAAACGCGAAUAAACUAUAGUUUUCACUGAAUUUUGUGUGACAGUUGUCAGCUUACUUCACAAUGUUGGAUGUGCUUCGUCGCUAGAUGGCGCUAGGAGCGGGCUACCCGCCUGAA